CCUGUACUGAUCUCCUGGUGUGUGUGUGUGUUUAUAGAACUGCCACACUUCACCCAUCCGAGUGAGGCAGAAAAGCUACAUUGCAGCAGUCUUCUAUCCAGACAGUUGUGAGACAGCAGGCACCGUUUUAGGUUCUUCCACCUGGGGUUGUGGCCAUGAGAUAAGAUGGCAAGCGAAAACGAAGAUCUGGACAAGGAGUUUGAAGAGUGGAAAAUUGAACAUGGGAAGGAGUACAAAUCUGAGGAAGAGGAGGCCAAGCGCAAGACGAUUUGGCUACAAUCAAGGAACUUUGUUAUAGAGCACAACAAGAAAUAUGACCAGGGAGAGACAACCUUUACAUGUGGCAUGAAUCACAUGUCAGACUUGGAACCUCAUGAGAUCUGCUGUGGUGGCAGGAGAAAGUGUCACAAAGAGAAGACUGAAAGUUAGGCCCGAAUCCUCGCUUUACAACAACGCAUAUUUUCUACAAUGAACAAAACAUGUAUUCCAAGUAGAUAUUUUGACCAAUCAGAUCAGUUCUUUUGUGACUAAAACCAGAAUUGAAGUAGCACCGCUAACUACCACAGACAGUAGUCUCAUUCAUAUUUAAAAAUAAAUAUAUAUUGUAAAUGCAGCCUAACAUGUAAUGACAUUUCCAUUCUCUAUCUUGAUCUUUACAAGAAUCAUGAUGUGGGGGAGAAAAGAGACAUAAAAGGAUUACCUUCUCUUUCUUGGCAAAACACAUGACAUCGGUUUUAAUCACGGGCAAAACGGUUCACACAAUUAUAUUAAUGGAAUUGCAUUAAGCGGUUUUAAUUUGCCCUUUCUAAAUGUCACAUUACCUCUGAUUCGGAUCAUAUUUGGUCAGAGGAAGAACGGGAAACGAAUUAAGAAGUGUAAUCAGAUCGAGAGCUAGUGAAAGUGUGACCUUAGCCGUGUGCCUCGCUUCUCUUAUUCAUGUUUAAAGCUUUAGGCGCAAAACUGCACGAAGGUCCAUUAUAAUGGAGGUCACGUUAUUCGAUUCCUA